CAGCAGCCGCGGCGGCUCUCUGGGCGCCUUUCCCCGGGGCCGGCGCGCGGGCUGGGCGCUCCCGCAAUGGCCAAGGCGGCGCCCGCGGGCGGCGGAGGCGCGGCGGAUCAGGGCCCCGCUCGGCGGCGCCGCAGCCUUUAGCGCUCCAGGGCGCGCUCCGUGCGCUCCAGGGCUUUGGCACCGCGCAGGGGGAGCCAGGAGGAGGAGGAGGAGGAGCACUUGAGCCGGCGUGGAUGGACCGCGGGACCCGGACGGGCCAAGGGCGGCGGGCGGAUCGGGGCCCUCGCUGAAGGCGCCCGGGCCAGGAUCUAAUCGGUGGCCACCGUGCUCUGGAAGAACAGAGAGGAAAAGAAGGCGAGAGAGGGUCAGAGGAGACGAGGAGGAGCAGCCCUGCGCAGAUAACUGACGCCCGGCCAUGCAGUCCUUUCGCGAAAGGUGUGGUUUCCACGGCAACCAGCCGAACUACCCGGCGACUUCUUCGCAGGAUUCAGCACGCCUGGAGAAUUACAGACAUCACAGCCAAGCGGCCCCGCACUGUGAACAGCAGCGGCUGGUGGUGAAGGAGUACUACGGCCAGCCGCCGCAGCUGCCUUACCAGGGGUACGGCGAGAACAGUGCCGUGGAGAAGUACCACCGGGGAAAUAAGCAAUUGCGCGGCCAGCAGCUGCCAGGCAGGCCGACAUCCUUUCCAAAUUACACCGUCCAAGAGAGCAGCCCCUACCCAGCCCGCUAUUCUGGGGAGGAAGGCCUUCAGGCCUGGGGGACGCAGCAGCCACAGCCGCAGCAGCCACCCCCGCAACCUCUACCAGGAGGAGUGGCGAAGUAUGAGGAAAACUUAAUGAAAAAGACGGCCGCUCCCUCGGGCAGCCGGCAGUACCACGAGCAAGCCCCUCAGCUCCCGUUCCGAACUCACUCCCUACACCUCCCGCAGCAGCCUCCGCCACCGCCCCAGCAGCAGCAGCAGCAGCAGCAGUCGGCCUUGACCUACCCCAAGAUCCCCCGACAGAAGCUCCAAAAUGACGUUCCCUCCCCCAUGCCGUUCACGCAGGGCCCCCACUUCCCCCAGCAUUCCCAGUCGUUCCCACCUUCCUCGACAUAUUCGUCUGUCCAGAGCGGGAGCCAAGGCACUCAUUCCUACAAAAGCUGCAACGCCCCCUCGGCAGCGUCACACGAAAGGGCACUCGGAAAUGCCACGCCCUUGCCCACUGGGCAGCGGGUCCAGAGCCUGCACGGAUACCAGGCCAACCGCCUCAGCUACGAGCAGCAGCAGCAGCAGCAGCAGCAGCCACCCCAGCAGCCGACCCUGCAAGGGCGACACCAUGCCCAAGAAGCGCUUCACUAUCAGAGCCUGGCCAAGUACCAACAUUACAACCAGCCAGGCCAGAGCUACUGCCAAGCCGAUGCUCCAGUGAGGACGCCGGACCAGUAUUACCAAACCUUCAGCCCCAAUUCUGGCCAUUCCCCGGCCCGUUCGGUCGGCCGGUCCCCGUCCUAUAGCUCUACCCCUUCUCCGUUAAUGCCCAAUUUGGAGAACUUCCAAUACAGCCAACAGUCUCUGAGCACGGGGACGUUCCCAGCCAGUCUUGCUGACCACAGCCACUUUAUGCCUUUGCUGAACCCUUCGCCAACCGACGGGGCCAGCCCCGAUGCUCAACCUGCCGGGAACUGCAAGAACUUGCCAAAGGAGAAGAUCCCCGAGAACCUCCUCUCAGAUUUGAGCCUCCAAAGCUUGUCUGCGCUCACCUCUCAAGUCGAGAACAUUUCCAACACUGUCCAGCAGCUUCUCCUUGCCAAGUCUGCAGGCAUGGCCCAGAAGAAAGGCCUCAAAAAUUCCCCGCGGACCCCAGAGCAACUCAAAAGCCAGCACUGCAGCCCCGAAGGCAACAAUUACUCCGCUGAGCAAGCGGGGACUCCUCUCUCCGACCCCCUCGGCACCCCACAGUCUGUCCACGCUGAAACCCAGGAGGCCGAUUACCUGAGCGGUUCCGAGGACCAGUUGGAACGAGGCUUCCUGUAUUGUAAUCAAAGCCGCAGCCCGGCCCGCGUCAACAGCAACUCCAAGACCAAACCCGAGUCCGUUUCCACGUGCUCCGUGACGUCUCCAGACAACAUGUCCACCAAGUCGGACGACUCCUUCCACAGCAUCCACGCCAGCCUGCCGCUGGAGACUUUUACCAAGUUUGUGGCCAGCGAACGGGACUGCCCCAGACUGCUCCUCAGCGCCCUUUCCCAGGAGGAGCUUGCGUCCGAAAUCAUAGGUUUGCAAGACGCGAUCAACGAGAAAGCAGACAAAGGCUGGGCCAAUUCCCCUGUGCCGAGCAAAGACCCGGACAAAUCCCCCUUCCACUUAGAGAAUCACCGAACUUGCCUGGAUGCGGUGGUCAAGAGCCCAUGGUCCAACCAGGGAGACUCAAGUACCCUUGCAGAACCUCUGAAGUUAGACAAAACUUUGGGAGCAAAUAAUCAAAAGAACUUCACCGAGGAGGUUUAUGACAAUUCCCAGGUGGCAUUUACAGCAGCAGACACCAAGGGUUCAAUAAAAACGACCAGCUCAGUCGGAUACCCCACCAAACCCAAUGUCUCGACGGUCACCUCCGGCUCCGAGGCCACCAGCUUUAGCUGCUAUUCAAACGCCACCGCCAAUUCCGUGGGUUCUGAAAACGCCAUGGAGAAUUUCGACUGGCCGGACGAGAACCUCAGCGACACGUGGAAAGAGCUUGGGUCUAGCCUCCAAGCGUCAGACCUUCCUAAGAGUUUGUUUUCCGGCAAGCUAAGCGAGGGCUGCAAGGAGAAAAAAAAUGCUUGUUGCCUUAGCCUUUGCAACAGUGAACAGCCAGCUGAGACAGAGCACGCCGAGACAUUCAGUCAGCAGCCAGCCAACAAGGGGGAAAACUUAACGUAUGAUGAGGCCACGAGGGCGGACGAGCGUUGGCUCGAGGACACAUCCCGGCACUCCUGCUCUGGAGGAGAUUUCAGUGAACUCCCAAUGAUGUCCUCUCCGGACUUGAAAGAAUCUGAUUUGGAACCGGAAGAGUAUUCAUCUCUGUGUGACUUAGCGAGUUCUGAGCAGAAGUCUAUGACCUAUGACGCAUUCACUCCCAAACCUGCCGAGAAUGCCCCAGCCCUCUCCCUCCAAGAAACACCGGGUUCGGCAGAAGGGUCAGCAAACGUGGUUGAGAAGAACGCGGCCCCCUCCUCGCAGUUCUCAGAUCAGUCCGUCAUCCUUUUAGGCCCAGCGGUUGGCACCGAAACAAAAGUCAAAAGUUGGUUUGAGUCUUCUCUGUCCCACUUGAAGCCAGAGGAGGAGGUGGCAGGAGGGGAAGAACCCCGUAUCGAAAAGUCGGAAGCUCCUGCAGCCUUGCCAGGGAAGAAACAGUCUCCUCUGGAAAAGGGUCUUAGUGUAUCAGAACCAACCUCUAUGGGCAAGAGUCUUCGGAGCAAGAAAGCCCCAAGUAGGUUGUCGGGGGGAGAGGAAUCGGAGAAGCCCAUGGCCAGCCCAUGUACAGCUACCCAGGCAGCUGGCAUGGCCGCCAACGCAUGCGCAGGGCCCAAUAAUCUGAUCGAAAUGCCAAGUAAGAGUGCCCUCGGCCAGACGCCCAGGUUUCCAGCUGAGGGCCUGCCGGCUCGGAUGUGUACCCGUUCGUUCACUGCCUUGACUGAACCGAGGAUGCCGGAUCCUCUGGAAGGCUCCAAGACCUCGGCCCUCCAAGAAAAGCUGGGGAAGAAGUCAGCUUGUGCCCCGAAACCCAGAGCCGCUUUCAAAGCCAGGAAGCCCAACGGGAAGCCUUCGCCCAAGCCGAGUGACCUUCCUCCCCCGUUGGUCCCUGAUGUGGCCCAAAAUGAAGACUUGGCUUGUCAGAAGGCCAAAGAAGCUGAUCCGCAAGAGAUGGAAACGAAAGAUCAGCAGUUCAUGAUCCUCCGCUCCCGCACCCGGACCCAGGAGGUCUUCCACACCAAGAGGAGGAGAGAGAAAGCUGCCGUGGACACGGGGCUCAAGGAUGGGAAAGCCAGCAAGAAGCUCCACCCCAACAGCCACCUGCCGGGGCCUUUCAAGUUCAGCCCACAAAGCCAGCCUGCGAAGGAGACCAAACUGGCCAAGAGAAUGAAGCUGGCUAAAGCCAGGCCCGGAAUCGGCUCCAAAUUGUCCGAGCGGCCACUUCACGCCUUGAAAAGGAAGUCGACCUUCAUCCCCCAAGUUCCGGCCAAAAAGAGGAACUUGGUUUUGAGGAGCAGUAGCCAGAGCAACCCUGGGAGGGAGGAAAAGCCAGAAGCCGAUCCUGGCUUGUUGAAGAGGUUCUCCUCAGUUCCCAAAGUUAAGGCGGCUCCGAAGAAUGCCUGCGAAGCGCUGGCGAAGUCCCCUCCGGUGAAAGAGAACCCCACGGUCUGCAUCAAAAUCACCUCCCGGGCUGGCUUACAGGCAGCCAUCAAGACGAAAGUGCUGCCCCCAAGGAAAGGCCGGGGCCUGAAGCUGGAGGCAAUCGUCCAGAAGAUAACCUCUCCCAAUUUGAAAAAGUUUGCCUGCAAAACCGCUGCCGCCGCGGUCUCAGCCACCAUUGCCGCCACAGCCACCUCGCACAGUAAUCCGGUGAGCCCUUCCCUGCUGGAGAAAGAGCAGGCCUCAAAGAAUGCAGGCGGCACCCCAGCCAUGGGGGAAGCCAGGCCAUUAAACCCGGCUGUGUCACAAAAGGCUCCCGCUGCUCAGGCAGCCGAGCAAUUAUGCAGAAACCCGAACAACAGAUCCUUCAGAGGGAAACUAAUGAACAGUAAGAAACUGUCCGCCAACUGUUUCAAGGGUGAGGCCUAUUCAUCUCCCGAGACACUGCAGCACAGCGGCGACGGCAUGGCUGCCAGCGGCACCGGCCUGCUGCCCAAGAAAAGGAACAGAAAAGGGAAAACCGCGGCCUUCCGGGCGGCCAAACAUAGCUUGGACAAUUGCCCUCACCUGAGUUCCGCUCUGCUACUGGUGUCCAGAGAGAAGGUGGCUGUAGUGGCAGCAGGAGAGAAAGUGGACGAGAGACAAAGGGAGGGAAAGAAGCCCAAGGCCGAGGACAAAGGCUUCGGCAACGCCGAGAGCUCAGAGGGAAAAGCCUCCCAGGCCUCAACCCGUGCACCGAGGCAGCGCGCCAACCACACCAACUACAAUGGCUACACGAAGAGACAAAGGAAGCGCCUCAGCCGCCGGAAGGCCAAAAGCGUGCCCUCGAGGUGUAAGAGCCGGACCAAGAGGCGGCACCAGCAGACCCCGCUGCUGAGCCCCGCCGAGCCAGAAAUCCGGCUGAAGUACGUGUCGUGCAAGCGACUGCGGUCUGACAGCCGGGCACCCCCGUUCUCACCGUACGUUCGGGUCGAGAAGCGGGACGAGUUUGUCACCACGUGCACCGUCGUGAACUGCCCGGCCGAAGAGGCCAAGCUCCACAACGAGCUGCGUUCUUCGCCCAGCCGGGGUGAACAUUCGAGGACUGCGCUACUGCAGCCCCAGGCCAUUCUACCUCUGUCGUCUACCAUGCACCUCGGCCCGGUGGUCUCCAAGACCCUCAACACCAGCUGCCUGGUCUGCUGCCUGUGCCGGAACCCAGCCAAUUAUAAAGACCAGGGGGACCUCUGCGGGCCGUAUUAUCCUGAGGACUGCCUGCCGAAAAAAAAGUCGAGGCUGAAGGAGAAAAUCAAAGUAGAGGCACUGGGGGAAGAGCCUUCGUCGCCUCCUCUGGCGGAUCGACUGCUCAAAGCGACAGAUAAUAAUUGUGCAACUAGUACGUCGGGUGGAAAGCCGCCAAGGUCGGACAGUGGUGCUGACUCAGCGAAACAGGGCUCUCUCCGCUCCAGUUCGAGGGGGAUGUUUAGGAAACUACAAAGCUGCUACUGCUGCGAUGAGAGGACAGAGGGAGAGGAGGUGGUGGCAGCAACCGCCGAGAAGCCGAGGAGGCACGAGUGCGGGAAAGCCGAGUCGCCGCCACCAGAGCCGGCCGGAGACACGCAAGAACACUGGGUCCACGAGGGCUGCGCAAUAUGGACAGCUGGGGUUUACCUGGUGGCGGGGAAGCUCUAUGGACUGCAGGAGGCAAUAAAGAUGUCUGCCAAUGUGAGAUGUUCCAGUUGUCAGCAAGUGGGAGCGACUGUCGGCUGUUGCCAUAAGGAUUGUGCCCAAACAUUUCAUUACACGUGUGCCAUCGAUACAGGUUGUUUGUUAACUGAAGAGACCUUCUCUCUCAACUGUCCCAAACAUAAGAAGCAGCCGUUAUAAUCCAAGGGACGCUUCACCUCGCCCGAGUAGAUUCCUGGAAUAGGAGGGGACGGCUUGGUGUUUCCGCCUGUCCCCCAGGCAGUGGCUGCAACCAAUGCCCACUCCAGACCGGAGAGACAACGAGAAUGUAACCCCGUCGUCUUUGCAAUAUUCCUUCUGCCAGAUGCGAGUGGACCCAGACGCAGGAGAGAGCCCCUUCUUCCAGCCUCUGCUCUCUUCUGCAUCGGCCACCGCAGAGCUAAUAAUUCCAAAGGGCCUCGAACUCCAACUCCAGCCCUCCUCUUCCUCACCAGCUCCCGGGAAUCCUGUUUUAUCCCACAGCAGGCCGGCAUGGAACCCGGAACCCCGUUUCUGCCUACUCUUCCCGUUCCAGUUGGCAGUGUGAGACCACAGAACGAUUCCCAGUUGGCCUUCUCCUGCCCUUCCCGGAACACUUCCCUAAAACCAGUUUAAGGGGGAAAAGAGAAUCCACGCUCAAGAUUUUAUGCUCGCACCCACGCACCUCCCGCACUUAGGAGCUGUAACCAAUACUGAUAAAGCUAACACUUUUCACCUGGGACCCAGCGAUGGACAAAACCUGGCCCGGAGCCUGUUUCAAUUAUUUCCUGUGCACCUUCUCGCCAUGAAUUUACACCUGGCAGGGUGAUUUUAUUGGAAGGCAGGUGUCUGACGUUCUCCAACCCAAUCUGGACGGUGGCAGGCCCAAUUGCGUUUUGGAAUUUCCUCCAGUUGCACAGGAGAUGGGAGGGUGGUGCAGGCAGGUUAGAGGGGGCGAAGAGAGGAAGAACGCCAUCCUCCGCAUCUUUCUCUCUCUCUCUCGAUAUGCUGGACUCCGGAUGCUCUCUGAACCCUCCGUCUCUUAUUUUCCUAAUCUGAUCUAUUUUUUGCCUUCAGCGAACCUCAUGGUGUAUGCGUGUGUGUCUGUAUAUAUAUAUAUGUGAUCCGCGUGUUAAAAAAAUGCGCCCGCUGUUUUUGAAACAAUGCCACGGUGCUUUGGUUCGUUUGCUCGUUUGCUUUCAUCCCUCUCCCUCCAUUUGCUGACUUCUCCCCCACCUUUAAUUCCUCAGGUCUCACCUAGGCCUGAUGGCCAAGCGGGAAAAUGGUUAGCUACCCCCACAAGAAGAAACGGGGCUGAAAAGGUUCAGGAACCCCAUGGUUUUGACUUCUUGCGAAUAUUAGUUUGUAAUUCGUGCAAAUAGAAUUUGUGCGAAUAUUCAUUUGUAAUUCGUGCAAAUAGAAUUCGUGCGAAUAUUUGUUUUGAAUUAGUGUGAAUAUUCGUUCAGGCUGAGCAUUUCACGAAAAUUUGGAGUGGGUCGACCAUUUAAAUAUGAAACGUUUCAGAGGAAAGAAGGAGGAGCUGUUAUUAAUUGUAUUUUGGAGGGAAGGGGUUUCCCACUUCUUCUGAGUCCAGCCUGGCUCUUUACCUGCCCCAUAGUAGAGCACACAAGAAUUGUCUAGGCAGUAUUUGCAAUCUGUGAGUGUUUCUAUGCCACUUUUUGAAACUGCUCCAACUGGGUUUGGCUGCACUGUGAAUAAGUGGGCACUCUCAGAGAUUGGCACCUCUAUUUCUCCAGUGCUCAUGGCCUUUGAAGAAGAAGCCAGCUUCUGUUGACUCCUGGUGUGUGGUAUGUUGGCCCAGCCAGGCUGCCCACAUGUGGCACCUUGAACUGUUAUCAUGCUGCCUUAAGGGGAUAACCUCCCCCCCCCGUGAGUUACUGGUGGUUGCCACCAAAACUGAACUCAACAUGUAGUAGCACAUAUCAAAGGCACGGGGUGCAUGGGGGUGGAGUCAAUACAGAUAAGGACGGUUUCUGUUCAGAGAAGUGAUACUAGGGAAAACAAGAAGACCAAGUCAUCAGCUAAGACCAUAGAUAGAAUCCUUCUGUCCGGUCUAGCCCAACAUCCCAUUUCACACAGUGGUCAACCAGUUGCUCAAAGGGCCAAGAAACAAGUCAACGAGGUCUCCCAGAACAGUGACUCAGAGGUGUGCUGCCUGUGUCUCUGGAGGUUCCCUUUCCUCAACAUGGCUAGCCGCUGUUGGGAGCCCCCUCCUCCAUAAAUCUUUCCGAACCCCUUUUCAAGCCAACCGUACAAUUUUGGCUUUCAAUACAUCUACUGGCAACAAAUACGCAGUUUAAUGAUUUUGUUGAGUAAAGUAUUACCUUUUGUCCGUCUUGGACUUAUUGGCCUGUCAACUUCAUCGGGUACUUCCAAGUUGUAAUAUUACAGGACAGGGAGAAAAACCCUCUCUCCACUAUUUCCACUCCAUGAAUCAUUUUAUAAGACUAUCAUGCCCCCCUCCCUUGUGUGUGUGCAAAGUGCCCUCAAGUGUGUGCAAUCCUGUAAGGUUUUCCAGGUAAGACAUUCAGUGGUUUGCCAUUGCCUGCCUCUCUGUAGCAACCCAGGACUUCCCUGAUGGAAUCCAAGUAUUAACCAGCAAUAGUCCCUCCAGCUCUGGUAGGGAACUGGGCAGAAGUUCCCUACCUCUGCCCGGAACUGAGCUGUCUGUGGGAGCUCCCCCUGUUGGCGGCCGCCCAAACUUCAUGGCACCAGUACGGUGUUUAUGUAGCCAUGCAGCUUACAGGGAACAUUGCUAACCAGGACGGACCCUGCUUAACCGCCAAGAUCAGGUUGGCUUGGGUCAACAGAAGUCGUUUGUCAUUGGUGACUUCCGCACAGCAACCCUGCGCUUUCUUGGGGGUCCUCCGUCCAAACGCUAACCAGGGCCGACCUUGCUUAGCUUCAGAGAUCCAAUGAGACCAGGAUAAUCUUGGCCAUCUUCCUGGAUUUUUUCCCCAGAAGGCCCGGACCUUCCUGCCAGGAAAGAUGCUCCAACUCCAUAACCAUCUUGGUUACCCUCCAUCUGCACCAUUUACAGCUCUGCAGUAUCUUUUUUGAGAUAUGCCUGGCAAUAAUCUGACACUGUCAUUGGCUAGGAGCUCUGGAAAGAUUCCUCCAAUGGACACUGGGUAGGUGAGAGAGAGCGGCAGUACAAGAUCCUUCGGGGAGAUUUUGGUUUGGAAUUGCUUGGGAAUUCCUCAGGGGCCGUUUUUUGGGUGGGUCUCUCCUUCCCUCAGCCCCAUUCCAUUGACCCAUGUGCCUCUGCUGUUGGUAAUGUGGUGCAUAAUCUCUGAGUACUGGGAACCACACAGGUUCACAGAGUGAACCAUUGGGAGGGGGAUCCCUUGGGUCAAACAGAGGAAGAGACCUGUAAGAAUAGAGCCUGGAGGGAAGUGGGAGCGAUGUAGGGGAGUCAAUUGCUCUGCCCAUACCCCAAUCUCCACACUCUGUAUCACGACCACCUCUCCGCUGGGAUCCCUCCAAAACAAUCUGCAUUCCAAAUUGUCGUUCACCCCUCUGCUCGUAUGAUACGGUCUCAGGUGAUGCAUAGACAGUAAUUUCCCAUGGCCCCUCAGUUCAGUACUUUGGAGACGGUCAAAACAAAAAGCUCGGGAGCGGAGGGUGGGUUAUUUUCAUGUCAGACGUCCUUUCUCCAACGGAUCGGGCCAGCCGUAGGAUUAGCCUAGUCUGUGGUAGGGUGUGAGGAACAAGGUUCAGUAAAGAUGGAGAACAGUUUCCACAUGCACCAAUACACUGCCACAGCGCAUCAGAGCCCAGCAAAAACUCCCAGGAGGAUUUAAUGCGCUUAAACUCUGAAGAAUCACUUAUCCAGGAGGGACCUUAAGAUAGGAUUUAUGCCGCUUAGCUUUUAAAUCAACACCUACCAUACAGCAUCAAAGAGCUGACAGUGGGUUAGAGCAGAGUUGGGUCAGGACAUAUUUUUUUUUCUUUACCCAGCAGCCCAGGGAACGGAUUGGGAUCAUACAGCGACGAGGGCUCCCAGUCAGUCCUAGUAAGACCUCAAAAUGAGUGGCUGUAGAAUACGUUUCGGGACCCGAGUUGUAUAGAAUGUAUAUAUGUCGCAAAAAUCCAUUUUCGACGUUGGAAAAACGCCACCUCCCACUUGCCGUUUAUCGUGUCGCAAGUUCUUCACUUUGAUUCGGUUUCCGUUGUCUGCCCCUUCCGAGCAACGGUGCGCACGCACCCACACUUGCGCUAGUGGCCUGUCUCUGUUCAUGGUAUUCCGUGUGCUCCACCCACCUUCUUCAUGCUGCCAAAUUUCAUGCCCGCCCAGCUCGCCUCUCAAGGUUUGCUGGCAAAGAAACGCGAGUUUGUUUUGGAAGCAAGCCUUGGCUGGCAGCUCAACCGUUCCCGUCUCCGUGCCGCCAUGACACUGACCAACAACCCCGGCCGUCUCUUAAAUGGCAUCUUGUACAUAAUGACUGUAAAAUGGCGAAUCGUGUGUAUUAUAUAUUGCCUCAUUCGAUAGUGUAUAUAUAUGUAUACAUAUACAUAUAUAUAAUAUAUGAAAGACUGUAAAUGUUAAAACUAGUGUUCUUAUUUAGUAUAUUGCUUCACACUGAAGACUGUGUGUAACGAGCUGUUUCUAAAAGAAGUUUAUUUUCCUUAAGAGUUAAAAAAAGAAAAGAAAAAAAACCGGGUCAUUGCAUUCAAAACAUCAAUAAAGAUUCAACAAUUGUUUUAGACA